AUGAUACUCGCCGGCGACUUUAACGCGAAGCACACAAGCUGGGGAGGCGACAUAAAUGACGAAAGAGGGCAAGAUAUAGUAGAUUGGACGACAAGACACAACAUAUACAUACACAAUACAUAUGACAGCCUCCCAACUUUCCAGACAACAAGAGGAAAGAGUUGGAUUGACCUAACAAUGACAAAAACAAUUAUUAUACAUGACUGGACGGUGCAAGAAGAAGACACAUUAAGUGACCAUCACUAUGUGUGCUUCAGCCUCCAAAUACAAAAAGGACAGAUACAACAACGCACACAGACUAGAAAUGACAUCAACAAUAUAAAUACAGAAGAACUAAAAAUCAUUCAUAAUACAACUAAAACGCACAACAAAACAAAAAAGACAAACCAAAUAUGGUGGACACCCGAACUACAAAGAUUAAGACAAGCAACAAAUCACCUGCGUAAGAAAUAUCAACAAGAAAGAGACACAAUAAACAGAAGACAUGCAGAGCACGAAUAUCUUAGACAAAGAAGACUAUACAAAAACACAAUAAAAGAGACAAAAAAUACAACAAUAAGACAGUACUUUACAAAUACAGAUCCAGACGGUCCCUGGAACACAGCAUACAGGAUAAUCAGAAACAAAAAUAAGUCUAAUAAUAAAUUAAGCACAAUCAAAAAAGAUGGGACAUGGACAAUAGACAGAAAUGAGACCAUACAAUACCUACAUCAUAAAUACUUCCCAAACGACAACGAAGAGGAGGACGAAGAAGAACACAAACACAUCAGACAGAAGAAAUCAAAAAUAAUUUACGAGCGACGAGAUAACCAUAAUCAUAAAAGACAUAAAAAACAGAAAAGCGACAGCAACAGACGGGAUCAGCAAAGAAAUAAUUGA